AUGUCGAGAAAAAUAAAAGAAGCUAAAAAAUAUUUACGGAACGGCAAAUUCACCGACGCGGUUGAUAAAUUCAACGAGGCAGGACAUGAGCUGUACGAUGCUGGAGAAUCAGACCAAGCAAUCGAAGUUUUAGAAGAAGGCGCAAAAAUAGCAAGAGAGUACAAAGUUCUGCUCGAAGGAAGCCUUUGCGAACGCAAGCUGAGUGAAAUUCACGCAGCACUCGGAAAUCGAGAAAGUUCUCUCCAACAUCUGACUGCUUUCCGUAACUUGGCAACUCAAUCUGGAUGUCGUUCGCAAGAGCAAAUAUCACAUCACGUUUACGCAUGGUGUCUCCAACAACUAUAUACCAACGGUGUAGCUGGAAAGGGGGAUAUUGAAAGAGCCAUUGAAAUGACAAAGAAGUCGAGAGAACUCGUGGGAACCUACAAAAAGCUAUUCAAACCCGGUGAUCCAGGAGGACCACAUCAUAUCAGAUUAGCUCAGUUGUUUACUCUUGAAGCACAGCUAGAAAAUCAGCUAGGAAAUAACGAGAAGGCUUUGCAUCUGCUAGACAAGACGGAUCGAUUGCUCAGACCGAAUGAUAAAUCAACUCGAUUUGAAAUGCUGCGAACGAAGUGCAGUAUUGUGCCAGUCUCCAGAAGGGUGGAUAUAGCAGAACUCAUGGAUGACGAUGCUCCAGAAGACAAAAAGGCUCAAACCCUAUGUGAAUUAUCUCAUCAAUACAUUCUCGCAAAUCGUCUGGAAAAGGGAUACAAAUCACUUGCUCAGGCAUACAUUUUUCAUGAAAAGCAACUUUCUCCAACGGAAAAAGAGGAUACCACUAAACGGUUAUGUAUUAUAUACCGCCUUGUGAAAUACUCUAGGAUCCUCAAAAAUACCAAGCUGGAGCCUAAACUUUCAAUGUGCGAACUUCACGAAGCUGUCGGAGAUUUGUACGAUCAGUAUUUCCGAACACUCAUGGAUAAGGAGAAAAAAGAGUACAGACAAUACAUCAGAGAUAAUAUUCUUAGAAAUUAUGAAAAAAUGCUUGAAUGCAAACGGAAUGAUGAAGAUGAGCUUCGAGCUUUCCUUGGAAUGGCUCUUGUCUAUGAAGAUUUGGAUGAACAUGCUAAAUCGAAAAACAUGUUUGAGAAGAGACUGGAUCUAUUGAAAAAGACGGGAGCAGCAGCAGAGAAGAUUCUUGACACGAAAGUAUCGAUAUUCGGUUGCAUGUGCAAAUUGAAAUCAUUCGGUCUGGAAAAAGUCUUCGAUGAUCUUUCAAAAGAAGUUGAAGAAUUUGAUAUCACCAAACGAGAAUUGUAUGACACUUGGGCAAACUAUUUGUUAGAUAAUGGAGAUGAUGAGAAAUCCCAAAAGUGGAGGAAGGCUGCUGAUGAAAUACCAGAUACUCUGAUCAAGGACGAAGAUGAUGAGACAGACAUUCUGUAUGGAAGACUUCCCGAUGAAGAGAUUCUAGAAAGAUGUCGCGAGGAAAACGAGCUGCUGAAGCUCGAUAAUUUGACAGAACAUCAAAAGCAUAAAACGAACGACAAGGGUGAAACUAUCUUACAUCAAGCUGCUCAGAAGUCGGACAAUGAAGGUGUAGUUGAGAAACUGUGCAGAAUGGGUUGUAAAGUGGAUGCGAGGGAUUUCGGUGGUUGGACUCCACUGUCGGAAGCAGUUGCUCAUGAUCAUCUGGAAAACGUGCGUGUUUUGAUUCGAUAUGGAGCAGAUGUAAAUGCUAGAAGUGCAGAAUCGUUUAUAUCAGAAGAAUCCCAAAGUUCUUCUGAUGAUCUAAACCAUUCGAAAUUAACUCCCCUUAUGGAAGCAUGCACAAACGGUUUCAUUGAUAUUGCAAUGUUGUUGAUUGAUAAUAAAGCGAGAGUUGAUCUCAAAGAUAGUGCUGGCUGGACAGCCUACCAACAUUUGAGACGCUAUGUUAAUGAGAAUGGAGGUAACGAGAGAAUGAUGAAGUUUUGCGAAUAUCUCAAAAAUCGAACAUCUCAGUGCACCGAUAUUCCGGCUCUCACCAUUCGAACUACGAACAGACAUGAAGAGGCUCACUCUGAUGAUUCACCUCCGGAUGAAAUUGAAGAUAAUAUCAUUCUAGGGAUGGCAGCUUCUCGAAAACGGAGAAACUCAAACAACUCGGAUAAUUUCAGUAACUCUUCAAAGCGAGUUCAGCGGAGAAGCGGCGAAAACACUAGACCUUCUCCACAACCGCCAGUUCCAUCUCGUCCAUUUAAAAAGCGCAGCACUCAGCCAUCCAUGCCAUCCUACUGUCAGCCAAAACGAUUAGAUCAUCGGAAUUCAUCGUCUUCAUUAAAUUCAAUCCCACGAGGGUCGAAUUCUCCACGGCGGUCUAUAUCACCAACUGCGACGAUUCGUUCUGCUCCUUCUGUUUAUGCAGACGAUGAUGAUGUACAAGUUGUCAGAAUGAGAAAAGUAAACGCCAUCCCUCAAAUAGCCCUUUCCAGUAAGACAUCUCCAUCUGUUCAACGGUUAAUUCCAUCGCCAAGAGCUCAAAUCGAUCCAAAAAGUACGGAUAUGAUUGUCAAAUGUUUCUUCCAACUCCCUCCUGGAAAUGCGUCUGAUGAGAUUCGACCUGUCAAACUGCCAAUGAGAAGAUCCCUCUCUAUUGCAGAAGUGAAGAAAGCUGUGAUGACCAGCGUUCCUACUGUUUCGCUAUUCAAAAUAAAAAGUGUUUUCAACAAAGAAGACGAAGACAAAUGCAGUAUUGAUGAGCUUACGUUAUCUCAAGUAGUUCAUAAACCAGAUCAAAGAGAAAUCGGUCUUGUAUUUGAAUUGCGUGCUCCUCCCGCCCACGAAGUGUAUGAGGAAAUUUCCAAAAAUCCGAAUCCGGAAAUUAUCAACGAACUGAAACAACUGUCGACUGCAAAACGUCUGGACCUCUCUUCUCUCUUUCUUAACAAUCUGGAAAUGUCAGAGGUGGCGAAGAGUUUGAGCAAAUGUGAACGACCCCAGAAUUCUUAUUUGAAUAUCAGUUUCUGUGGUGUGUUUCCCAAGAAGAUGAAGCAAAUUUUCAAGAUCUUAUCGAUGAAUAGAACUAAAAACAAACUAGAACAUCUGGAGUUGUUCGGAAUAGAUUUCCGUGACGAGGGGCAGAUUCUGAAGAUUCUUAGCAACUGUUCGAAUGUGAAAUCGCUGAACCUCUCCGGAUUAAAUGUGGCUACACACUCGUACAACAACUCAUUGAUACCAGCUACCAUCACUGCUUUUCCAAAUCUUGUAAAACUGGAUUUGAGCUUCAAUUCUUCGUGGAUUUCUGAUCAAAAUUGGGUUCAGAUGCUAAAAGGACUGGAAAAGUUAGAAGAGCUGAUUAUAAACGAGACGAACACUAAUGUGACAUUCGAGACUGAUUGGCUUCCGAGUCUCUCUUCGUUUAGCUCGCGGGGAUCUGAUCUAAACUGGGAUUCAAUUUUCGAGAUGCUCUCUAUUUCUGAACAAAUCUCACGAAUCGAUGUUCGAUUUUCGACCUGUCCACCUAUUCUACCGCAAGAGCUACGGAUCGGAAAUCACAGAAUAACGGAAAUCUUGUAUUAG